AUGUCGAAGAGAAAAUCUGAGGAGCCUUUGGAGAUCAGUGCUAGUGGCGUGUCUCCUGCCAGCAAAAGAGUGAGGAUUGACGAGGUGGUGGAUGAGGCGCAUGCUGUUUCUCAAAGGUCUUCGAACGAGCGCAAUGGCGACGGAGCCGGGACCAACGGUGUUGAAUCCGACGCAGAAUCAGAUUUCGAAGAAGACCAAGUAGAACCUGCGCCUUUGCGGCAGACGGCGCCCACGGAAGGUUACAGUGAUCUCUACCUAGACACAAUCAAGCGUUCCAUCCUCGACUUCGAUUUCGAAAAGCUGUGCUCCAUCACACUGUCGAACAUCAACGUCUACGCCUGUCUCGUAUGCGGGAAAUACUUCCAAGGCAGAGGGCCCAAGUCGCACGCCUAUUUCCACGCGCUCGAAGUCGACCAUCAUGUCUACAUCAAUAUGGAGACGAAGAAAGUCUACGUCCUGCCAGAAGGCUACGAAGUCCAGAACAAGAGCUUGGACGACAUCAAAUAUGUUGUCGACCCCAAAUUCACAGAAGAGGACGUUAAGAAGUUAAACAAGAUACCCAAGGAGUCCACCGACCUAUCCAACAAGAAGUACCGACCAGGCUUCGUGGGUAUGAACAACAUAAAAGCGAAUGACUACCUAAAUGUGGUUGUACAGACCCUUUCACACGUUGCCCCUAUACGCAACUUCUUCCUGCUGCAUAAGUUUGCAUCGAACACCCCACAGCUACCGGUGCGGUUCAGCACACUGGUACGCAAGAUAUGGAACGCCAAGUCCUUCAGGUCGCAUGUCUCGCCCCAUGAACUUCUACAGGAGAUUGCCCUGCGCUCAUCAAAGAAGUUCACAUUAACGCAGCAAUCAGAUCCCGUCGAGUUCCUGUCGUGGUUUCUCAACAACCUGCAUCUUACACUGGGCGGGUCAAAAAGCAAGCCGCUCUCGUCUGUCAUUCAAAGGGCCUUUCAAGGAAGGCUUCGUCUCGAGUCUCAGGCUAUCACAGCCAAAUCUGACACCACCGGCGACCGAUUACGAUUCGAGGACUCCUCGAACAUCACCACAAACGUGACCCCAUACAUGAUACUGACGUUGGAUCUGCCACCCACGCCCUUAUUCCGCGACGCAAACGAGGACAAGAACAUCAUUCCUCACGUACCUCUGACAAGCCUACUGCAGAAAUAUAACGGCAUGCAAGCUUCAGAGAGGCAGGCCCACCGUGUACGACAUCGGCUGCUCCACCCUCUACCGCCGUAUCUGAUGUUUCACGUCAAGCGAUUCAGCACAAACAAGUUCGUUUCUGAGCGCAACCCAACAAUCGUCACGUUCGCCUCACCACGAGGUUUGGACAUGUCUCCUUUCGUCGAGCCUAAUCCGGAGAUUCAUUCUCCUGGAGAGCCCAUCAUCUACGACAUGGUGGCCAACAUCAUCUUAGACACUGUGAGCGUGGCCACGGGGGGUGGAGAGGAUUCUAAUGCGGCCGAUGCUGCUAGCAAGGCUGCGGGCGGAGAAAGAGAGAAGGUGGCGUGGAAGGUGCAGCUUCAAGAUAAGGCUGUAGCUGCAUCACAACGGAGCGACCUUCCAGAAUGGGUGGAGAUUCAGGACUUGUUCGUCGACCGCGCAGAAGCCGAAACGCUUUUCACGCGCGAAGGAUACUUGAUGGUAUGGGAGAGGCGGAAGGAGAAACCAUCGGGCACCAAUGGAGCAGGCAAGGGCAAAGGCAGAGCCUGA